AUGACUGCAGCAAACAUGGAAACCAAAGCUCCUUCAAGUAACGAUCUGAAGAAUCCAAUGAAAGAUGGAAAUGUGAAUAAAGCAGAAACCAUGGAAAUUCCUAAAGUAAUUGGAACUGAUUAUAGUUAUAAACAUACUAUUGUAUGGAAAAAUGCUAUUGGAUUCUUGAUCAUGCAUAUCCUUGCUGUUUGGGGAAUUGGUCUACUGUUCGCAGGGUACAUGAAAUGGCAAACCAUAGUAUGGAUUUUUUUCGUCACUUUUCUGGGUUCUGAAGGAGUAACAAUAGGAGCCCACCGUUUCUACACACACAAAUCGUUUAAAGCAACCCCGUUCCUUAAAGCUGUACUUAUAUUAUGUCAAACUAUUGCUGGACAGAAUUCUAUGUUCAUCUGGUGCCGUGACCAUCGUCUCCACCAUCGUUACUCCGACACUGACGGUGACCCUCACAACUCCAAGCGUGGCUUCUUCUUCUGCCACAUUGGUUGGCUCAUGCAUAGGAAGCAUCCCUAUGUUGUAGAACUUGGCAGGAAGAUCGACAUGAGUGACUUACAGGCUGAUUGGAUGGUGAUGUUCCAAAAGAAGUAUUACUAUCACCUAUAUUUCGUCUUGGCUUUCUUGAUACCUGUGUGGGUACCAGUACAUUUCUUCGGUGAACCUCUAUUACAUUCCAUUCUAGUUUGUUAUUUCGCCCGUUACGUGUUACAAUUGAAUGGAACUUGGCUGGUUAACAGCGCUGCUCAUCUUUAUGGAACUAGGCCUUAUGACGCAAAACUACAGCCAGUAGAGUCAUGGUUUGUCUCAAUGAUAAGUCUGGGCGAGGGUUGGCACAACUACCACCACGCGUUCCCCUGGGAUUAUAAGGCAGCUGAGCUGACCAUGCACUUCAACCAAUCCGCCAGCAUCAUACGAUUCUUCGAAAGGGUUGGAUUGGCUUAUGAUCUCAAAACCGCUUCACCUGAACUGGUAUCAAACCGGAUCAUGAGAACUGGAGACGGCAGUCACUACAAGAUGGGCACUGAAGAAGCACGCGCGGCGGUAACAGCGUGGGGUCCACUACACCCACUCAACCCGACCUACAACACCACUCUCAAGGCACCAGACGCCAUACUCAAACCAGAAGGAUUACCACUCUAUCACGAAAAGGAUACUCUCAAUCUCACUGUCAUACAGAAAAACUCCAGACGUGGUUGA